UGAUUGACAAGCUGGAAAAUUAUUAAUUCGAUUCCACUUAUCCUUAGGAAUGUCACAGAGUACGCCACUGGUGACAACUUUAUUUCUCAAACGGAGUCUUUUGAUUUAAUGUUUAUGGAACAGAAACACUGUAUUUCUGAUAUACACAACUUCGAUUGUCAGCGAACAAUGCGUUGAAAAUGCGAUAUUUUCCGAAAUUUGUGUACGUAAAUUAGAACAAUAAUUAUAUUAAUAUUUGGUAGCAGAAUGGAAACAAUCAAUCAUUCGUAUGAUACGUAAAGAAGGAUACUUAUGAAAAACUGUUUUGAGGGCCGCAAAAAAAAAGAAGUUUGAAAUGAAGUUACUGAAAAUUUAGAUUGAGAUAUUGAAAUUGGACGCAAUUCGGCUCGCUAGGACCAAAUACAAGAAGAAAUAAUGAAAACUUCUAGGCGUUUUUGAAAGGAGAAACUCAAAUAAUGGCAGACGAUGCCUUUCAGAAUGCAAUCCAAAGCUACUACGACGUUUUUUUAAAAUCGGAAAGAGUAGUUAAAAUGGUGCAAUCAGGUGCUUGUUCGCAAUACGAUUUCAGGGAAGUUUUUAGAAAUAACAUCGAAAAACGGGUCCGUGUUUAUUUAUCUAGAAAUAUAGCCGAUGUGGAGGGUCUCAGUAAGGAGUCUGUAUUUGCAUCUUGGAUGGCCAAAUUUGACCGUAUUCUCAAAGCUGGUCUUGGAGACGAAGAUUCAAAACGGCCAUCUAGAAUGCAACAAACCCUCAAUUCAGAGUUAAUUUUAUCUAAAUAACAACUCUAUGAUAUGAUCCAGCAAAUUUUAGGUGUGAAAAAAUUCGAACACCAAAUUCUUUUCAAUGCCUUAAUGCUCGAUUCUGCUGAUGAGCAAGCAGCAGCUAUUAGGAGAGAAUUGGACGGAAGAAUGCAGAAAGUGGCGGAAAUGGAAAAGAACCGGAAAUUAAUGCCAAAGUUCGUACUUAAAGAGAUGGAAUCACUCUAUGUCGACGAGUUAAAGUCAUCAAUUAACCUGUUGAUGGCAAAUCUAGAAUCGCUUCCAGUAUCAAAGGGGUCCGUGGAUUCUAAAUAUGGCUUGCAAAAACUAAAACGCUAUAAUCACAGAUCGCAAGGAUCUUUAGCAAAAUUAGAAGGGGAUUCAGCUGACAGUGAUACAACACUAUCAAAACUUGACGUAGUUCUUACAUUCCAGUUGGAGGUAGUAGUCAUGGAAGUUAAAGGUAUAAAAUCACUUGCUCCAAAUCGUAUAGUUUAUUGCACAAUGGAAGUUGAGAGUGGGGAAAAAUUGCAAACAGAUCAAGCUGAAGCUUCUAAGCCUAUGUGGGAUACUCAGGGAGAUUUCACUACAAAUCAUCCGUUGCCAGUGGUGAAAGUGAAAUUAUACACAGAAAAUCCAGGCAUGCUUGCUUUAGAAGAUAAAGAAUUGGGAAAGGUGGUUCUUAGACCAACACCACUCUCAUCCAAGGCUCCAGAAUGGCAUAGGAUGACGAUACCUAAGAACUUACCAGAUCAAGAUUUGAGAACAAAAAUUGCAUGUCGAAUGGAUAAGCCUUUGAAUAUGAAACAUUGUGGUUCCUUAUUUGCAAUUGGAAAAAGCGUUUGGAAGAAAUGGAAGAAGAGAUAUUUCGUUCUUGUGCAAGUAUCGCAAUACACCUUUGCUAUGUGUAGCUACAAGGAAAAGAAAUCUGAACCUUCUGAAGUGAUGCAGCUAGAUGGAUAUACCGUAGAUUUUAUUGAGAGUUCCAGCGAUUUGGAAGGUGGAAGGUAUUUUUUCAAUGCAGUUAAAGAAGGAGACAGUAUAAUAUACGCUUGCGACGAUGAGAGCGAAUCACAUAUGUGGGUAAUGGCCACUGGUCAAUCACAUAAGCCUACACCACCACCAACCCUCCAAGAUAAGAAUUCCACCAUAUCGAAGAUCCAAGGAGCAGAUGCUGAUAGGGCUAGAAAACAUGGUAUGGAGGACUUUAUAUCUGCUGAUCCUUGUCAGUUUGAACAUUCAUCCAUGUUUCGUCUCCUCCAAAGUCUUGCUGUGGAGUAUAGACUCAACGAUCCUUAUUGUUCACUGGGUUGGUUUAGUCCAGGUCAAGUCUUUGUGUUAGACGAAUAUUGCUCGAGGUAUGGAGUUCGAGGUUGCUACAGGCACCUCUGUUACUUGUCUGACUUAUUGGACAGAGCUGAGAAGAACCUACUGAUCGAUCCAACCUUGAUCCACUACAGUUUCGCGUUUUGUGCGAGCCACGUACAUGGAAACAGUAAUGAACUCAGAACCGAUGGAGUUGGAAGCGUCACCUAUGAAGAAAAGGAGAAGUUUCAGGAGAUAAAGGAACGGCUUCGAGUGCUAUUGGAGAAUCAAAUCACUAAUUUCAGAUACUGUUUUCCUUUUGGAAGACCGGAAGGUGCUUUGAAAGCCACACUUUCGUUGCUUGAGAGAGUGCUUAUGAAGGACGUUGUGACACCAGUACCUGCUGAAGAGGUGAGAGGAAUGAUCAAAAAAUGUCUUGAAAGUGCGGCGCUUCUGAAUUAUACACGUCUAUCUGCUGAAGCAAAAGUUGAAGAAGAUCUCAAAGGAGAAACGAUGGUACCACCAAAUAAAAAGUUGGAUGAUUUGAUACGGUUAGCUGAGAUUUGUGUCGACUUAUUACAACAAAACGAGGAACAUUACGCAGAGGCUUUCGCUUGGUUUAGCGAUCUAAACUUGCUUGUUGAACAUGCUGAGAUAUUCUGGUCCUUAUUUGCUGUUGACAUGGAUCGGGUACUAGCAGAACAACAAGCAGAUACUUGGGUCCUUUUCCCUCUAUUCCAAGUGUUGAACGACUAUAUGGGAUCUGAUGAUAAUUUGAACGGUGGUAGAUUCCAUCAACACCUGAGGGUCACUUUCGCCCCACUAGUGGUACGUUAUGUUGAUCUAAUGGAAUCGUCUUUAGCGCAAUCAAUUCACAAGGGUUUCGAGAAAGAAAGAUGGGAAAUCAAAGGAAAUGGUUGAGCUACAUCAGAAGAUCUUUUCUGGAAAUUGGACGCAUUACAGUCAUUCAUAAGAGAUCUACAUUGGUCAGACAUGGAAUUCCGGCAACAUCUAGAGCAAAGACUGAAACUAAUGGCUUGCGACAUGAUCGAAUCUUGCAUACAAAGAACGGAAACUGCGUUCCAACAAUUUGGAAAGAAAUCGUUGACAUUCAUCUCCACAGAUUAUAUAAUACCAUCUGAAGUAUGUGCUAUGGUCAAUGUAGUUCUUGAUGCUAAAAACCAGUCAUUCAAACUGUGUACUAUGGACGGUUUGGAUGUGCAUAGGUACCACCAGAAAAUCGAUGACCAGAUAGAUAAAACCCUGGCGAGUAUGAACCAAGGCAUGGUGAGUAAAUUAUUGGCUGUUUUGGAAAGAACACUGGGUAAACUUUCACGCUACGACGAAGGGAGUUUUCUAGGCCAUAUAAUAGCGUUCACUAACAUGCAUGGGACUGGCAAAGAUUUGGGCCAGGGAUACGUGAACUUUACAUUGAACUAUAUGGACCAAAUUCGAGGAAAGAUAACGGAUGAAUUGUGGAUCCUAACUUUUUUCGAACAAUGGUAUAUCGGUCAAAUAACCAUGCUGUGCAAUUGUUUAUCUGAAAGGUUAGAUCAUACCCUUCAUCCGUUCCAAUGUGCCUGCUUGGCUCACAUAGUCCGGAAAAUUUGCUCAGACUUCGAGCUCCAGGGUGUAAUGGAAGAAAAACUGAACUCCAAAGCUUACCAAACUAUCUCCCAGAGGAUGCAGACUGAAGAGGCAACCUGUGCUCUUACUAUGAACCAAGUAGAUGGGGGCGAUGUAUAUAACGAGGAGGGAGAUUCCAGAGGCAAAAGCAAAGUACCCGUCUUGGAGAGUUUGGGAGGAGAAGAUGGAAACUACGUAUCAAACAUAGGUAACAUCCUAAGCAACCGGGUGGGCAACAUCUUCGGAAAAGGAUUUGGCGGCAUAAGCAACAAAUUCGGUGGGAAGUAGAAGAUUGAAACAGAAAUCUUAUAUUUUCUCAUGUUCGAAUGUAAUGUAAGUUCUGUUAUCUAAUGCUUAUUAAAUUCAGUUUAAACAAGCGAUUUCAUUUCAACUUUUUAUAUGAGCUGUUAAAGAGCAAACGUUCGAAACGUUUUCUACGAAUUGCACUUGCUGGAACACUUCAUUAAGAUUUUCAGGUGUAAUUUUUCCGUUUAAGUGUUAUGCCUUCAGAAACACAC